UGAGAAGCUCAGUUUUUAAGUUCAUUAAUUAAUAAGUUUGAUUGGACAGCGAACAUCGCCAAAUCGACGCAAUCAAUUAUCUAGUGAACCACAUUACACUAAUCACAUUCACUGCUCAUUGGUUAGUCACAAGCCGUGCUCUUUUGCAAUCGAUUAACAUCAUUAAACUGCAGUAACUUAUAGAUAAAUAAAAGGGUCACAUCAGUCAAACAUAAAAUAGGUGACCUAAAAGAUCAUAAAGGAACAAAAGUUUGUUACCAUAUCAUUACGCUUUACAAAAUUGAUUUUUUUUUUUUUGUGGAUAGACGAAAUGACAAAGACAUUGAAAACUCACAUACACAAAGUGGAGUGGUCAGGGUUCGAACCCCGGUCAUGAAGUCCGACACUAACAAUUUCGACAUUUCUGUCUGUUGAGCUAGAAUUUAUGUAGGGAUAUCAUUUUACUUGCACACAAAACAAAGGCAGAUCUAGAAGAGAAUAAACUACUACCUGCGUGUUUCACAUGCCACUACCAUCCAACUCUUUCUUUCUUAUCUUUUCUUUUUUGUGUAUGACCAAUCAAUGAACCAAUCUCUUUUCCAUCUUCUUCGCUAAUUUCUAUAUCUUCACUAUAAGAAUAACACACAUAUGCCACUAAUUUCUUGCAUUCCAUCUUCACAAAAAACAACACUAAUCCUCCAUUAUUCAUGGACAACAACAAAAACAAACCUCUACAUGUUGUAAUGUUCCCAUGGAUAGCCAUGGGACACAUGUACCCAUGUUUUCAAGUUUCCAAAAUCCUUGCACAAAAUGGUCACUUUGUUACACUCAUAUCAACUCCUUCAAUCAUAGAUCGUCUUCCUAAACUCUCACAAACACUAUCAACAUUCAUUAAACUCAUCAAACUUCCAUUAUCAUCUCACAUAGACAAAAACCAUCUUCCACAAAAUUCAGAUCCCACCAUGGACAUUCCUUCCAACAAACUCUAUUACCUUAAAUUAGCUUAUGAUUGUCUUCAACAAUCUGUAGCUGAGAUACUCAAAACUUCAAAUCCUGAUUGGGUUUUCUAUGAUUUUGCAGCUAGUUGGUUACCACAGUUAGUAAAAGGUUUGAAUUUGAACAUUUCAUGUGCUUAUUUUAGUCCUUGUCCUGCAUGGAGCAUAUGUUUCUUUGACACACCAAGACAACAACUUGGUGAUGAUGUUGCAGCGAUUCGAACAAAUCUUGAAGAUUACUAUGGUCCUCCCAAAUGGGUUUCUUUUCCUACAAAGAUUGGUUUAAGACCUUAUGAGGUAAGAAAAUUACUUGAAGAUAUCAAAGUGAAUGAAACAGGGGCUUCCCCUGUUUUUGAUCUAAACAGAGCAAAUUCAGAUUGUGACUUGUUUAUUAUUAGAAGUUCAAGAGAUCUUGAAGGAGAAUGGUUAGAUUUUCUUGGUGAAUUUUACAACAAACCUGUGAUUCCUGUUGGAUUGCUUCCACCAAUAAGAGAUUCUUCUUCUGAUGAUGAAGUUGAUGAUAGUCCUGAUUGGAUUCAAAUCAGAGAAUGGUUAGACAAACAAAAAGUUUCAUCUGUUGUUUACAUUGCAUUUGGGAGUGAAGUGAAAUUGAGUCAAGAAAAUCUCAAUGAAUUGGCUCUUGGAAUUGAGAUUUCUAAAUUACCUUUCUUUUGGGUUUUGAGAGAUUUGAAAAAUGGUUUUGUUAAGUUACCAAAUGGGUUUGAGGAUAGGUCAAAACAACAUGGGAUAGUGUGGAAAAAUUGGGCCCCACAACCUAGAAUCUUAGGUCAUGGUUCUAUUGGUGGUUGUUUGACUCAUUGUGGUUCUGGUUCAAUGAUAGAAAAUCUUUAUUUUGGACAUGUUCUUGUUAUGUUACCUUUUUUAUUGGAUCAAGCUUUGUAUUCAAGAGUAAUGCAAGAGAAGAAAGUGGGAAUUGAGAUAGUUAGGAAUGAAGAAGAUGGAUCAUUUACAAGCGAUUGUGUAGCUAAGGCAUUGAGAUUUACUAUGGUGGAUGAAGAGGGAAGUGAUUAUAGAAAAAAUGCUAAAGAGAUAGGGAAGAAAUUUAGUAGCAUGGAGCUAAAUAAUCAAUAUGUUGAAAACUUCAUUUCUUCACUUCAAAAUUAUAAUUUAUAGGAAUGUUUAGAAAUAAUUAAGUAAACAUUUAUUUGAUUUGAGUUAGUAUAUGUCUUCUUACUUUUCA